AACAACAACAACAAAGGACGUAAGGAGCUUAAGCUUACCACUGGCCCUUCACCGCAUUUGUAAUUAAUGGGGUUGAUUUGAACAGGCGAAGGCCUUACAAACUGCAUACCUAUGCAGAUAGCUAGUGGGAUGACCAUGCAGACUAGCAAGAAUACUGCCAGCCUCCCAUCUGUGGCCUGAUUGAAGGGCAGAUAGCGGCUCCAUCGAUACUUAACUCGCUCUGGUUUAUCAUCAAAGGCCAUCGACAACAGACAGAGCGCUCUUUGCUGGUCUGCAAUGUCGUUUUUAUCCUGCACGAUUGCGCCAUCGCUUUCCAACACAGUGUCAUUGGAUAUAGGGAAUAGUGCUGUUCCUAAUGUUGGAGAGAUUGUUCGAGCGAGGGAACCGCCAUCGUUUUGGGUGUCGAAUGGAAAUAUUUUUGAGGCUGUUGAUGUUGUUGAGGUGGGGGUGAUUAUCGAUUUGACGAUGCUAUUGUUGUUGGAGAAGAGAGGAUUCGGAGCCAAUGGUAUUGAGAGUUUUGGUUUUAGUUUAAGAUUAGAAGAUGUCAAGGAUGCAUCAAGAUUCUUUUCUGUAGUGACGUUGGGUGCGUUAUUAUCCGUAUCCAUAUUAGGGACAUUCGCAUUAAUAUCGGUAUUGGUAUUGAUGUUGAUAUCAGUAUCGUUAUGGACGUUGGUUUUGGUAAUGGUUAGAGGGAUAUCAUGUUGUGUAACCCGUUGUUCUCUCUGUACGUCAUUGUUCAUAAUCUGCUCUGGGCUGGGAUUAUCUGCGCUAGCACCAUAGCCAUGAUC